AUGUUACGUGUUUUUAAAAAAGCGGUUAAUCAAAUACAAAAAUGCAAUUACAGUGCACGUGCUUUACCCAAAGCUCAUCAACCUCCAGAAGUGCUAUAUUCUGGGAUUUUCAUCAACAAUGAAUGGCACAAAUCCAAAUCCGGUCAAACCUUCGAAACUGUCAAUCCAAGCACCGGCAAAGUCGUUACGGAGGUACAGCAAGGCGGUAAAGCGGACAUAGAUCUGGCGGUCGAUGCGGCUCAUGAAGCUUUCAAAUGGGGAUCGAAAUGGAGGACCAUGGACGCAUCGGAAAGGGGCCGUUUGCUCUAUAAGUUAGCCGAUCUUAUUGAGAGAGAUUCCGCGUAUAUUGCUAGUCUGGAAACCCUGGACAACGGCAAACCCUACGCGCACGCUCACGGCGAUCUGGCCACCUCGGUGAAGGUGCUGCGCUACUACGCCGGCUUCUCUGACAAAAUCCACGGAAAAGUUCUUCCGGUCGAUGGGAAAUUCUUCGCGUACACCCGCCACGAACCCGUGGGAGUGUGCGGGCAAAUCAUCCCAUGGAACUUCCCAUUGCUGAUGUUAUCCUGGAAAAUAGCGCCCGCUUUGUGCAUGGGCAACACCGUUGUACUGAAACCCGCCGAACAGACCCCGCUGACCGCCCUCUACGUGGCGGAGUUAGCCAAGGAAGCCGGUUUUCCCGCUGGGGUGCUGAAUAUCGUUCCCGGGUUCGGGGAUGCUGGAGCGGCUUUGGUCGAAAACCCUAAGGUGGACAAAAUAGCCUUUACUGGAUCCACGGAAGUGGGUAAGCUCAUCCAAGCCAACUCGGGCAAGUUCAAUCUGAAGAGAACCACUUUGGAAUUGGGCGGCAAAAGCCCCAAUAUCAUUCUAGCUGAUGUGGAUAUGAAAGUAGCCGUUGAAAAUUCCCAUCAAGCCGUCUUUUUCAACGCCGGUCAAGUGUGCUGCGCCGGUACAAGGACGUUCGUCGAAGAGAAGAUUUACGACGAGUUCGUCGAGAGGUCGGUGGAACGUGCCAAGAAACGCGUAGUAGGAGAUCCUUUCGACCCCACCACCGAACAAGGACCCCAAAUCGAUGAGACCCAAUUCAACAAAAUCCUUGGAUUGAUCAAAGAAGGCGAACGGCAAGGAGCUAAGUUAGUUCACGGAGGUGAAAGACAUGGAAGUGAAGGUUAUUUCUUGCAACCAACAGUUUUCGCCAACGUCAAAGAUGACAAUAUCAUUGCCAGAGAAGAGAUCUUCGGCCCAGUGCAGCAAAUUUUUAGUUUCAAGAAUUUAGACGAACUGAUCGAAAGAGCAAACGACACCAACUACGGUCUUGCGUCGGCCGUGUUCUCAAAUGACAUUCACAAGGUUAAUUACAUUACACAAGGUUUGAGGGCUGGUACCGUUUGGGUGAAUUGCUACAACGUUUUUGGUGCCCAAAUUCCGUUCGGAGGUUACAAAGAUUCUGGAUUCGGUAGGGAAUUGAGCGAGUACGGUUUGCAACAGUACACGGAAGUGAAGGCGGUCAUUCAGUCUGUGCCGGCUAAGAGUUCGUAG